AUGGUCAACACCAAGAAGAAGCAAAAGCCAGUCAGCCUUUCUCAUGGUCGGCCGCCAGCGGUCGGAAAACCAAAGGCCUCAUUGUCAUCCAAAGCCACAAGGAACUUGAUCCAAACUCAUCACCGUCUUCACAAAGCUCUUGCCGAUGCCACGCGUCAAGGAGACGAACAAACUGCGUCAGCCAUCAAACAGCAGAUCGAGGAGAAGGGUGGUCUGAAGAGCUACCAGCAAGCCAGCAUUCAAGGCCAAUCUGGCGAUCGCGGUGGAGAUACUUCGAGGAUUCUCUUGGACUGGCUGCCGAAGGACUUGCCGAAAGGACGUACAAUUCGUAUGCUCGAAGUUGGAGCUCUUUCUGUGAACAACGCAUGUUCCAAGUCUGACGUGUUCGAUGUGACACGCAUUGAUCUAAACUCACAGGCUGCUGGAAUCGAACAGCAAGACUUCAUGGAGAGACCACUCCCGGAUUCAAACUCUGACAAAUUCGACAUCAUCUCUCUAUCCCUUGUCCUGAACUAUGUGCCGGAAGCGCUUGGCAGGGGAGAGAUGCUGCGAAGGACAUGUCAAUUCCUGCGAGCUUUGCCCGUGUUAGGUUUCGGGGAAUCUGCACCCGACUACUUCCCGUCUCUUUUCUUGGUCCUUCCAGCGCCCUGUGUGAUGAAUUCGCGCUAUCUCGAUGAGACUCUUCUAAACCAGAUCAUGGUCACGCUCGGUUAUGCGAUGGUCAAGAAGAAGCUAUCGACGAAACUCAUCUACUAUCUGUGGCGUUACCAGGGCAAGGGUUCAGAAAAACGGCACAGGUUUCGAAAAGAUGAAGUCAAUCCUGGAAAGACCAGGAACAAUUUCUGCGUCAUUCUGGAGUGA